CAACAAAACAACAACCGUUCACACGACGGUGUACUUCUUCCCGAGCAUAUAACAAGAUAUUGAUUUGAGGUUUUCUUGGAACCCACAAGACUCAAUGGAUUCUCAGUCUCAAUCUCGUGGCCACAUAGUGAUGCUACCUUUCAUGGCCCAUGGCCAUCUCAUCCCCUUCCUCGCCCUCGCCCGUUGCAUCUGCCGCCAAACCCCCUUUGUCGUCACUCUCGCCACCACUCCCCUUAACCUCCGGUACCUCCGCUCCACCAUGACCCCCUCCGACGCAGACUCUGGAAUCCGCCUCUAUGAGCUCCCAUUCUGCAGCUCCGACCACGGGUUGCCCCCCAGCACUGAGAACACCGAGAACUUGCUGCUCAAUCAGAUCGUGGUGCUUUGCCAUUCAUCUGUGUCUCUCGCUGCCCCCGUAGAACACCUUAUCUCCGACAUAAUUACUGAAGAGGGCCGGCCACCUCUGUGCAUGAUCUCGGACGUGGUCUUUGGGUGGUCCGUGGACAUCGCCAGGAGACUUGGGACGAAGAGCAUCGCCUUCACCACAUGCGGAGCAUACGGCACUCUGGCCUACGUCUCCCUCUGGCUUCACCUCCCGCAUCGCUCCACUGAUGCUGAGGAGUUCUCGGUGCCCGGAUUUCCUGAACGGUGUCGGUUCCACCGCUCUCAGCUCCACCGGUUCAUCCGAGAGGCAGACGCUACCGGUGAGUGGUCCAAGUUCUUUCAGGUUCAGCUCAAGCUCUCUUUGGCCUCUGAUGGUUGGUUGUGCAAUUCAUUUGAGGAAAUUGAGCCUCUUGGGCUUGAUCUCUUGAGGAAGUACUUGAGGCGCCCUGUUUGGGCCAUUGGUCCACUAGUCCCUUCUCACAUGCUUCGAAAAUCAUCACCAAUCUCUGCCGACUCAACACUAAAAUCCCUCCAAAAGCGUACGGGAAAAGAUCUAGGAGUGUCCCUAGAGAAAUGCCUAGACUUCCUCAAUUCACAUGGUCCAAACUCUGUUUUGUACAUUUCCUUUGGUUCACAAAACACUAUAAGUCCUUGCCAGAUGAUGCAAUUAGCCUUUGGAUUGGAAUCAAGUGGCAAGCCUUUCAUUUGGGUCAUUAGGCCGCCGCUCGGUUUCGACAUUAAAGGUGAGUUCCGACCUGAGUGGUUGCCACCAGGGUUCGAGGACCGAAUGACCGGGAGCAAGCAGGGUUUGCUGGUGCGGAAUUGGGCGCCACAAUUGGAGAUCCUCUCGCACGACUCGACGGGGGCAUUCCUGAGCCACUGCGGGUGGAACUCAAUCAUGGAGAGCCUGAGCCAGGGGGUGCCGAUCAUUGGGUGGCCCAUGGGGGCCGAGCAGGCAUACAACGUCAAGAUGAUGGUCGAGGAGAUGGGGGUUUGUGUGGAGCUUACUCGUGGGUACGAGAGCCAGAUUGAUGCUGAGAGAGUGAAGCAAGCGAUCGAAUUGGUGAUGGAAGAGGAGGCAAAAGGAGGGGAGAUGAAGAAGAGGGCCAGUGCAGCGAUGCUGCAAAUGAGAGAAGCUGUGAAAAUAGGCAGUGAUGAUGAGAAGGGGUCUAGUGUCGAGGCCAUGGAUGAAUUCGUGAGGACCAUUUUGGGUGUCUCUACAAAGUAUACAUCCUCUUCCUCUUGAGUCAAUCAUCACUCAGAAAAGGUCUGUCAAAUUAUGAAGACAAAACUAGAAAAUCGAGUCACUUAGCACAUGUUAAUCGACUCGGAUAGAUUCUACAGGUGACAGUCAUGUCCUCAAGCCAUAGAACCGAAGGAUAAGGAUUUUGCUCUUUCUUGAAUGCAGCACUUUUCAUUCAGGUAUAA